AUGAACAAUACAACUGAUCAAUGGUUCAGGAUGAAAAACGACAACCCUGAUCCUCCUAUUACCACUGUUCCAUUGCUCCAACAACAACAACAUCAAUCUUCUCGAUUGUCGUCUCUUCUGCAUCAAUCUUCUUCUCCUUCAAAUGGCUUUACUUCAUGGGGUAAUGACCUCAUCAUCAACAACAAUAACAGCAACAACACCUGGAAUAUGAAUCAUCAUCGUGAUCAUGAAUAUGAUCAUGAUUAUCAUCGUUUGUCUCUUAACCUUUCUGCUAUCACUCUUUCCGAUGAAGAUCAUCAUCAACCUAACACCACCACCAACAACAACACCAACAACAAUGUUGCAAGAAUCCGAGGUAGGAAUGUUGUUGACUCAAACAUCAACAUCAACCACGUCCCUGGUAUUUGGGAAACUCAUGCAUACAGCAACAACAACAACAUUGUUGAAGAUGAAACAGUGACAGCAACACCCCCAACAAACAGCCCACGUUAUCCAAAAUCACUUUUUGGGGUUUCAUCACCUUCACAAGGUUUACUCUCUGAUAUCAAAUGGGGUAAGCAAAAAGGUAACACCUUUGCUGGAGUAUCUCAAAUGGGUUCUUCUAUUGGUCUUGGAAAUGGAAUAGGAAACACUGUUUCUUAUGGUCAUUAUUAUGGACAUGGGAGAGGUAGGGUUGUUCCUGUUCAGCUGCAAAGCUCAUCUUAUAACAACCCUUAUGAACAACAACAGCGUCUUGUGUAUUCUUCACCAAGGUCAUCUUUUGCAACUGAAAAUGAUUUUCCAACAAAUCCUAUCAUGUACAACAACGCUCCUUCAUCACCAUUUUAUUAUCCUUCUAAUAGCCAUUUUCAGCUUCCUCAAACUCUUUAUCCUACUACACCUAUUGAGGAACCACUGGCUUUUAAAUGUGAUAAUAGUUUCAUUCUUCAAGAGAAAAGGGACUGGAAUUCAUUCUUCGGUGGUGCUACUGCUGCUUCUAAGCAUCCUUACUCACAAGGGAGUUUGGGAGUGAUUCCUCAAAUUUCUCAUCAUUUUCCUAUUAGAACUGAAAACACUCGUGCUUUUGCAACCGAUGAUGAUGUGCAACAACAUCAUACUCUACAGAGUUACAUGAUUCAUACAGCAAAGGAUCAGAAUGGUGGUCGACAACUGCAGAAGCUGGUUGAGGAAGGGUCUGUUGAGGAUAAGGAAAUCGUGUUUAAUGGUGUUAUUGACAACAUUGUUGAGCUUAUGAUGGAUCCUUUUGGGAACUAUCUUGUUCAGAAGUUGCUGGAGUUUUGUAGGGAAGAUCAAAGGUUGCAGAUUGUUCAUAUGCUGACUAAGGAACCUGGUCAGCUAGUCAGAACAUCCUUAAACACACAUGGUACAAGAGUGGUUCAGGUGCUGAUUUCAACUAUCAAAUCAAGGAAGCAAAUUGCAUUGGUGAGGACAGCAAUUCAACCUGCUUUUCUUGAGCUGGUUACGGAUCUGAAUGGAAAUCAUGUCAUACAACGUUGCUUAACAUGCUUUAGUGUUCAAGAUAAUGAGUUUAUCUUCGAUGCUGCGGCGAAAUACUGUCAUGAUGUUGCUACUCAUCAACAUGGCUGCUGUGUGCUUCAACGGUGCAUUGAUUAUUCAAAGGGAAAGAGUCAAGAAAGACUUGUCAGGGAAAUCUGCAAACAUGCCUUAAAUCUGGCUCAAGAUCCAUACGGAAACUAUGUUGUUCAGUACAUUAUACAGAUGCAGAUUCCAAGUGCUAUAGCCAAGUUGACUGCUCAAUUCAGAGGAAACUAUCUAAGCCUCUCUACUCAAAAAUUCAGCAGCCAUGUAGUUGAAAAGUGCAUUACAUAUAUUCCAGAGAAUAGAGCAAGGAUUGUCCAAGAACUGGUGUCUAUUCCUCGCUUCGAGGCUCUGCUUCAAGACCCGUAUGGAAACUACGUCCUUCAGUGUGCCCUUGACUAUACUAAGGGCUCCUUGUUCAUAUCUUUGGUUGAUGCAAUCAAAGCACACAAACACUUGCGCACGAGCCCGUAUUGCAAGAGAACAUUCUCAAAAAUCCAGAUGAAGAAGUGA